CAGGUUAUCAAGUGAUCUGACAUUCAUGAAGGAGAGGAACAAAAAUCUUCCUCGUACACAUGAAUCCUUUAGUGAGCCCUUGAUCUGAUAUUUCCUCCUGAGGAGAGGCAGACAUCAUGAAGCAGAAAUUAACAUCAUCAGUUCAAAUUAUUUUGCUACUUCUUCUGACUGCGGUGGAUCUGACUGGUCAAUCAUACCCUGGAAAACCUAAGAUAACAAGAUGUCGUUCUCUAGAAAAGAAAACGUUUUCUUGUUGGUGGGAGCCUGGCUCAGAUGGAGGACUUCCUACCAAUUACACCCUGUUCUACAGCAAGGACAGUGAAGAAAAAAUAUAUGAAUGUCCAGACUACCAAACAUCAGGUCCCAAUUCCUGCUAUUUUGGAAAAAACCACACUAAUCCCUUGACAACAUAUAAUAUCACUGUAAUGGCAACGAAUUAUAUUGGAAGUAACAGCUCGGAUCCUCACUAUGUGGAUGUGACCUCCAUAGUUCAGCCAGAUCCUCCUUUGAACCUCUCUCUAGAAACAAAAACAUCUGCUAGCAUAAUGUACCUUUGGGCAAAAUGGUCUCCACCUCCAUUAACUGAUGUCAGCUCUAAUUCUCACAUAUAUCACUAUGAGCUACGACUAAAACCUGAGAAAAAGGAAGAGUGGGAGACAAUAUCUGUUGGAGUGCAUACACAGUACAAAGUGAUGAGGUUACAAGCCGGGGUGAAGUACGUUGUUCAGGUCCGUUGCAUGUUAGACCUUGGAGAAUGGAGUGAGUGGAGUUCUGAAAGAUGCAUUCAGAUUCCCAGUGGACAGUCACCUCCUGAAAAGCCUACAAUAAUAAAAUGCCGUUCUCCAGAAAAGGAAACAUUUACUUGUUGGUGGAAACCUGGUUCAGACGGAGGACAUCCUACUAACUACACUUUGCUUUACAGCAAAGAAGGAGAAGAACAAGUUUAUGAAUGUCCAGAUUACAGAACUGAAGGCCCCAAUUCGUGCUACUUUGAUAAAAAGCACACCUCUUUCUGGACCAUAUACAAUAUUACUGUGAAGGCAACUAAUGAAAUGGGAAGUAACAUCUCUGAUCCUCAUUAUGUGGAUGUGACUUACAUAGUACAGCCAGAUCCUCCCGUGAAUGUAACACUGGAAUUAAAAAAGCCAGUAAAUAGAAAACCGUAUCUGUUCUUGACAUGGUCUCCACCCCCUCUGGCUGAUGUCAGGUCUGGAUGGCUUACCCUUGAAUAUGAGUUGCGACUAAAGCCUGAAGAAGGAGAGGAAUGGGAGACUAUUUUUGUUGGACAGCAAACACAAUAUAAAAUGUUUAGUUUAAAUCCUGGAAGGAAGUACAUUGUACAGAUUCACUGCAAACCAGACCACCAUGGAUCGUGGAGUGAAUGGAGCUCGGAAAAGUAUAUUCAGAUCCCUACUGACUUUAGAGUAAAAGAUAUGGUUGUGUGGAUCAUCGUUGGUGUCUUGUCAUCUCUUAUAUGUUUAAUCAUGAGCUGGACAAUGGUUUUGAAAGGGUACAGAAUGAUAGCCUUUAUCCUACCGCCAGUUCCAGGACCAAAGAUAAAAGGCAUAGAUACACAUCUGUUGGAGACAGGAAAAUCUGAAGAAUUAUUGAGUGCUCUUGGUUGCCAUGGUUUCCCUCCAACAUCAGACUGUGACGAACUACUGAUAGAAUAUCUGGAGGUGGAGGACAGUGAGGAUCAGCAACUCAUGCCAAGCCAUGACAAUGGUCAUCCUAGUAAAAAUGCAAAAAUGCUACCCAUGGAAACAGACAGUGACUCAGGCCGAGGGAGCUGCGAUAGCCCUUCUCUGCUUUCCGAGAAGUGCAGGGAGUCCCAUGCCCUUCCAUCAACACUUCAAACACAAGACGUAAGAGAUGUUAAAGAAAAUAAAGGAGGAAAAAGGAGCUGGGAAACUCAGUGUAUAGCCUCAGAACAGAAAAUACUGCUUUUUGACAACGAGAGUACAAAAUCAUCCACAUGGCCUGCAGCCCAGUUACCUAAUAAUCAGCCUCCUGUGUUUGCCUACCACAGUACUGUAGAUGCAUAUAAGAUAACACUGAGUACCACAAAUGUGAACAUUGCACCGGUUUUGGGGGGAAAUGAAGAAAAGCAUCAGUCACAAUAUCCUAUCACUGAAACUGUCCACGAUGACACGGAAAAGCAAAGAGAGAUGGAGAAUUUGCAUUCCAAAACUGACCAAACCACAGCACAGGUCAAACAAAACAGACCUAAUGACAAGACACCUUUUUUGAAUCCUAAACUAAUGGAUUAUGUAGAAGUUCACAAAGUCAGACAAGAUGAGGAGCCAGCAGUAUUAUUGAAACAUAAAGAAAAUAGUGGAAAGACCAAAAAAUACACUGUUCCAGGAACCAGCAAAGAAUAUACCAAAGUCUCAACAGUUGUGGACCAUAAUAUUCUAGUAUUAAUGCCACAUUCACGAAUCCAGCACAGAUCUGUGUCUCAAGAACCUACAAUGGAAACGCCGCAGAACCUUCAGCACAGUCAAGCUGAGAAAAAUAUAAGCUACUGUCUGACGGUUCCAAGUGAGUGCAAAAGAGAGACCAGUGGAUCAGAGUACAUGGACCCAUCUUCCUUUAUGCCCUCCUUUAAAUAACCAGUAGUUGGUACAGUACAUACUUAAUAGUUAUGUACA